AUGACUGCGUCUGAACAGCCCAGCCUGCAGGACGAUGUCCAGGAUAUCGACAUUCCGACCCGGGGAGGGGGAAUUUCUGACCAAAUCCCUUCAACAACUAACCUACCAGUGCUCAACUAUCCCACUGAAGAAUGGCAAAGGCCGUUACCUUUUCAAAGACCAGAACUUUGUCUAUCUUCUCGAAAAGACCUAGGUCCUUUUCCACUGUACCCUCGGAAGGCUCAGGCGGACAUAACACCGCCAAAGACAAUUGUCGCUGCCCAGAGAGGCGAUGUCGCCGAAAUGACCUCGCUCAUCCGGCUUCGAGCAAAUGUUGAGCAAAUACACCCUAAGACAGGAAAGACCUCGCUGGCUGUAGCGGCGCACUGCAGUCACGAGGGGGUAGUUGAGUUGCUUUUGGCCGAAGGCUGCAAUCUCAGAACAAAGGAUAAGAGUCAACUCGACCCAUUGCAUCUCGCCGCCGCGAAUGGUCACUGCCAGGUCAUCGAUAUCCUACUCGACGGAGAAGCAGUUGUCAAUGUACGCGGUCCUGAGGAUAAUACUCCGCUUCGAGUUGCUUGUGACCACGGUCAGAUGAAUGCGAUUAGAACACUGGUGCGACGCCAGGCGGUGGUGGAUGCGAGAGAUAGAACAAAACGUACAUCACUGCACAUAGUGUCUGAUAGCGGAGAUAAUGAUGUGGUCAGACUGCUCCUGCAAUCCGGUGCCAACAAAGACGCCAAGGACUCCCAGAUGAGAUCGCCACUGCACUGCGCUUGCGCUGCAGGCCGCCUCGAUGUUGUCAGGACACUCGUCGAGGUAAAGGCCAACAUCGAGGCCCAAGACGAUGCCAAGAUGACGCCUCUAGGCAUUGCAUCCAAGUUGGGACUCAGGUCUGUCGCCGAGAUACUCAUUCAGAGUAAAGCCUUGACAAAUAUAAAGAGCCAGGGCGUAAUGACACCACUCCAUUGGGCGAGUUUCGAGGGCCAUGACGAAGUCGUAGAACUCCUCCUUAAGAAGGAAAAGGCCGAUACCGAGGCGCGGAAUGAGAAUAGCAGAACAGCACUACACUUGGCUGCAAUGACGAGGAGUUUUGGCGUGAUUGAGAAGCUACUCAGAGCCGGUGCCAAUAUAGAGGCGGAGUGUAGUCAGAAGUACCAACCGCUUCAUUAUGCCUGCAGAGACGUCGAAUAUAGCGAAGCCUCAUUACUGUUAAACUUUGGGGCUGAUUUCAAUGCCAAAACCAGUACAGGGGAAACGCCUCUUCACCUCGCUACCAAGGCAGGGUCAAAAGCCACGCAUCAUGAUUGUUCAGAAGCGGCGCGAGGCUCAAUGUCCCGCUUGGCCUCGGACUUCGAAGCGACUCCCCAGUGUAGGGCCGCAAGCGGAGGCUUCGUGCCUAUAAUCCAAGAGCUAAUAAACCGUGGUGCCAGCGCGAGGGAAAUAGACUCUGGGGGGUGGCAGCCUCUGAGACAUGCUGCGUUUAUGGGCCACGUCUCUGCGGUUGGUUGUCUCCUGGACAAUGGGGCCAGGGCGAAUGAUCUCGGCGCCUUGAAAAUCCUGUCGUUCUCAUCAACCGCAACCUUGGACCAGAUGGCUCGCAUUUUAGAGAUUCUGGAAACCGGCCUACGCAGCGAGCAAGCGGAGCACCAACGUGUCGCAUAUCUCGAGGCGUCGGCCACGCCUGCCAACCACGGUGACCCGUUGGAGUUGCAUAGUAAUCCCAGUUCGACGCCCGAGUUGGUUCGAAACGGAGCUUAUACGGGGUAUCGAAGGCUGUUUGAUGAAGAAUUAGAAGGCGUAGCAUCUGGGACCGUAUCUCUGGCUAACAAUCUAGAAACUCAGUAUCCAUACCGGGAGACUCGUCCACCAGGUGGCGUAUUGCAGUCAGACUCUGAAUAUAGUAGCUCCUACCGACCCCAAGAUAUCCCAAGGUCUCUAAGCGAGCUGCCUUGA